AUGUUUGCGCCCAAGGAUGAAAACAUGUUUUUGCACUACGGGACUGACCCGGUGCUUGAAUUCCAUAUAGGCUCUUGCUAUGCUCCAAUUGAGUCAAGAUUGCCUAACUCGCGCUCUUCUUCCAAGAAACCUGAGCUUCAUGAAAUUGUUAAAACCGUCAAGACAGAGUUCGGCGCCUGGACGAAGUCGUUCAGAGGGCAUUCCAGGGCCAACUUGAUCACACUACGGUUCUUUGUAGGAGAUGCGGUGGCUUUUUCUUACGCCCUCCAACACAUGCGCGCCAUUGGUUCCUCAAAGUAUUCCCAUUGGUACCGCGAUCGCUAUCAUUUGAUGCCGCUGGUCUUGGAUGACGAACACUAUUUGGACGCCUCAGCACCACUUGUGUUUGAUAUUAUUGACACAUCUAACCUUAUUGAUCAUCUCGGGGCCUUGAAUUUGCUCACUGCCACUCCACCGCUUCUUCGCAAUACCUUAUCGGCCACACUUUAUUCAGAAAAGCUUGUGCGGACCCAGGAAACUCAGGUAUUUCUUCUUGAAUCUCUUCUGUGUGGAGAAGUGACAACGGUCACCUCGCUUCUCGGCUUGGUGCCUGUGGAAGUGGCCACAAACACUGCCUUCUCUUCUGCGGGAGAUGAAGCAUUAUGUCAAGACACGUCAGGAUCCUCAUCCGAAGCUGGACAAUUGUUCGCGCGAAUUGCAUGGAAGAGGCCAUUGAAUCCAACUGACAUGCCUGUCAAAACACUGGGCCUCAUUCACUUUGAUUCCGUCGGCCUAGCACAUGUUCUCCAGCGUACUUUCUUGAAAAUGUUUGCCGAUGAGGAUCUUUCGAAGCUACUUGCCAGAAUUAAAAGCACACGAAUGCUAUCUCUACCAACUUACAACCGGGCGAGUUUUGUCGCUUUUCUUUGUCUUGUCAAGACACGCACCAGCACUGACUGGAACAAGGCAAUGGAAAAAUUGCUUAGUCUCAUGGAUCAGGACACCAGUCUUGCAUUUGCCAAUACCUAUGUGCAAGAGCUGAAUUUCUGGAUCUAUAUGAAAGGUCUUUACCCAGUCGAUAUUUUAAAAGGCUCACCAAACAGCUUGACUACCCAUGCCCAAGCCGAGACCCUGCAGGGCUGGCCGAACAUGCCAUUUAUGGUCAGUGUUACCCUUCAGAUGCCUCGAAGCAAGCUAGAUCCCUUUAUUGCCGAAACCAUGAAAGUUGGUUUUACACCUCCGCUCCAUGCUAUCUUACAAUCUUCAUCUCAAGCAGCCAAUUAG